CCUCCCCUCCCCCCUCCGGCAGGGUGGAUGGUUGAGGCCGCGGGAGUUUUUGGCUGCUGGGCAGGGCGGGAUUUGAGCACUGUCGCUGUUGCUUUUGGGCCUCAAGUUUCACACUCUCCAGACAGCGCUGCGGAGCAUGGCGCUUCCUCCCGCCGAGUCGAUCUGUUCCCCCCUUCCUCCCUCGUCGCCCCCGUUCCCGCCUCGCUCCUCCCUCGCUCCCCCUUCCAGGCGCUUCCGAGGGCGGGCUUCUCCGAUCCGCUUGCAAGGGCCCUGGAGGGCGGGCCGCCACUGCGCCUCAAGGAGGGCGGUGGUGUGGAGUUCGACUUCGGCCCCGUUGCGGGCGGAGGCAGCGCCGUGGGCUCGCGCGUGAAGUGGGGCGUCAUGAAGGAGAGCGUGGGCGAGGUGGACCAGAGCCCCGAGGCCCAGCGCCGGCGGGAGGCGCUGAGGGCAGCGGCGGCGAGGGACCUCGUGAAUAUCGACGAGGAGGAGCGUGAGCGGCGGCGGACCUUGGCAGUCCCCAUGGCGGUGCUCAGUGCGGCCUUCUGCGCCUUCCUCCUCCUCACCGGCGCCCCCUGGACCAGCCGCGUGGCCGUCCUGCCCUUCUUCUUCCUGACGGGUGGCCUGUACCUGUCGGGCCAGGAGGGCCUCUGAAACAUCGGGCAGUCCGGCCUGUGGGACGUCGACGGGACCGGCAUGCAGAAGAUUGAGGACGACAGCGUGGCGCUGAGGCUCCGCGCGAAGGUCCAGGAGUUCAACGCCCAGGGCCUCCUCGUGGCCCUCGCCCCGACCGCGGCCGUCGUGCUGCUGCCGGAGGUGGCCGGCCUGCUGGCCCCCCAGUAGCCCUCCCUGCGCCAUCGAGGACCCCUCGGCGGCGCCGCGGUUCGCCGAAGACCAGCGGCUGAGCAAGGGCUCCCUCGAGGGCGCGAAGUUAUUCGCGCUUCGCGCUUCGCGGUCCUCGUUCCUUCUCCCCCUCCUCCUCGUCCUCCUAUUCUCCCUUUGGGGGGGCGGCGCGAGAGCGCGAAGUUAUUCGCGCUUCGCGCUUCGCGGAGCGCGAAGCGCGAAGCUGGGAGCCCUUGCUGAGCGACGCAGGAAAACGAGUUCGACUGCGCAGACGUUCGCGCGAGCAAGCCGCCCACGUAAAGUCGCGCGUAAGCGCUCUCCACGCGGUCUGCCACGCUGGCGGCCCGCGUAAGCCACCGCGUAAGGUCGCUGUCUCGUCUCGCGUAAGACCCGUUUCGUUUCGUCGCUCAGCUGGCCCUUGGUCUCGGGCUCUGCGGAGCGCCAUCUCCAGCGCGGCCGUCCGCGUGGCACUGGUCGACGCGAGCUACUGAGGAGGAAGCGGCACAGCGCUACGUGAGCAG